UUGCAAAAAACUUUCACUGGUCAUGCAGUUUUGUUUUGUCAUGUAAGUUUCUCGCAUUUAACUGCCAGAGGAUAGAAAAUGAUCGUCCAAGGAAAAAAUCCUCAGGAAUUGUGUGUUUCUGACUGUGCUCAAAGUGUCUGAGGAUCUCAAUGAAGCCUCCCCUCCGAACCAGAAUGGAUUUAUUCAUCUGUAAAAAGCUAUUUGUGUAUAUUCUGUGGAUUACCAAUGUGUUUGUGUUGAUAUCUGGAGCUGCAAAUCAAAAAGUACCAAUAGAGAGAAAUGCGCUCGCCUGUGAAGGGGGCACGAUGCCAUUGCGAUGCCCAGCCAACAUGAGGAUACACAUCAAGUGGGCGAAUUAUGGUCGCUAUAGUCUGUCUGUCUGUAAUCAGCAUCGUGUGACGGGAAAGUGGAGUACUCGAUGCAUGUCUGUCCGUUCUCUAAGCAUCGUCUCAGAAAGGUGCCAUGACCGACAAUCGUGUGUUCUUCAAGUUCAGAAUAAUGUGUUUGGCGACCCGUGCCCAGAUACGGUGAAAUAUUUGGAGGUUCGCUACUCAUGCAAACCAGGAGACGAGGAGGAGAUGGAACCAACAACAGGAACCCCAAUCAAAACGCCAGCAGACCUCGUCACCAACACCUCAGCAGAGGAGCCAACAACUGCAGCACCUGUAACACCCCCUACAACAACAACAACGACCAGAAGGUCAACUACGCCCAGACCAGCUACCACAAGGCGGCCAACACGACCAGCUUCAGUUGUUGUUACAGGAAGUCCUGCAGUAAAAUGUGAGGCUCGAGUUGAGAGGGAGAUCAAUUGGCCAGAGACAAGACCUGGUUACGUUGUGCGCUCAUGUCCUAACGGCAUGACUGGUCAAGCUCGAUGGCAGUGUGGCUUGGAUGGCUGGAUUGGCAGCCCUGACCUCAGUCUUUGUCAGAGUAAAGUCAGCGUGAAUCUUAAAGAGUUGAACGAGGAGGGAGAAAAGUCUGAGAUCGUUGCCAAGGAGCUUGAAGAGGUGACGAAAACACAGCCGAUGUAUGGUGGUGACCUUGUGGCUAUGACCAAGGUCAUGCAUGAUGUGGUGAAGAACCUGAAGGAAGACCUCAAGGACACGACACCAACAGAGAAGCUGGAGAUAGCAAAUGAUGUCAAUUCUGCAUUAGUGAAGAGCACUAGUAACAUACUGUCAGAGAAACAGUCCAGUUCAUGGAAAGAUUUGCCAAAGACGAAGCAGACCAAGGUGGCGACCACGUUGGUCGAUAGUAUUGAGGAGAGCGGUUUCGAACUGGCAGAAACUAUGGACAAGUCAACCAAGGUGACAUGUUCCAGUGAGAAUGUGUUGAUGAAGGUUGAGAGAGUUGAUAGCAGGUCGGUGACGCAAGACAUGGUGUUUCCCGAGGAGGUGGAUCAUGAAUUGCCCACACCGGAAUCCAAACUGAUGGAGGAUAAGAUCACUCUUCCUGCCAGUGCUCUACAGGCUGAGGCUCAAAUGACUGGAAGAGUGACUGUUGUGUUCACCGUUUACGACAACAUUGCAAAAUACAUGAAGACCAAUGAGACGAAGAACUCCACCAACACGACUGUCAUCGUCAACUCGAACAUCAUCUCGGCGUCGAUCAACAGUGGAGCAUCCAUUAAGCUACGGGAGCCUGUUCUCUUCACGAUGAAGCAUACAACCACUGAGAAUGUGAUGAAUCCCGUGUGUGUCUUCUGGGAUUACAUCGAAAAGAACAUGGUUGGUGAGUGGUCUCCCCAAGGUUGCAGCCUACGCAGCUCCAACGUGACCCAUACCGAAUGUCAGUGCGACCAUCUCACUAACUUCGCUGUACUUAUGGAUGUGGUUGGAACCAAGUUGGACCCUGGUCACGAGAUGUCGCUCCAGAUCAUCACGUAUGCAGGAUGUGUUGUGUCUAUCGUCUGCCUCUUCCUUGCCUUCCUCACAUUCCAGUGCUUCAGAAACCUUCAAAGUGACAGAAAUACCAUCCAUAAGAAUCUGUGCCUGAGUCUGCUGUUGGCUGAAGUGAUCUUCCUGGCUGGCAUCAUGCAGUACAGACAUGUGAUCCUGUGUUCAGUAAUAGCAGGCGUGCUUCAUUUCCUCUUCCUGGCUUCCUUUGCCUGGAUGUGCCUCGAAGGUGUGCAGCUCUACGUCAUGUUGAUCGAGGUGUUCGAGGCCGAGCGCUCACGCGUCAAGUGGUACUACCUGUCAGGGUAUGGCCUGCCUGCCGUCGUUGUUGCCAUUGCUGCUGGGGUGCACCACGAAGGAUACGGAACAGAGAGGCAUUGCUGGUUACGUACAGACACAUACUUCAUCUGGGCGUUUGUCGGCCCUGUUGCAGCUGUCAUUACUGUCAAUAUUGUGAUGUUGAGUAUCGCCAUCUACAUGAUGUGCCGCCACGCCAAGAUGGCGUCGUCACUCAAGUCAAAAGAGAAGUCUCGCCUACAGAAUGUUAAUAGCAGCAAAAAGUGUCUUGUCCAGCAAUCUAACGAGAGUAUUAACAAGCAAGAGUUACCUUUCACUGUUGGAUCGAGUUCACACGCGACAUCCAGUGGUGGGACAGACAGUAAACGUGUCAGUGUUCAAAUGUCCAACAACUCCAUCAACGUAAAGGAGACGCCAAAACGUUUAGCGUCGGACGCCUGUGAACGAAGUCUUAGCGUCUCAGAAGAGGACACUCGAAUUAAAAAGCGGCUAACCAAGACGGCGGCUUGGAUCAAAGGUGCUGUCAUCCUGGUGGUCCUACUGGGCCUGACCUGGUCCUUUGGCCUCCUCUACAUCAGUGAGGACUCGGUCGUGAUGGCGUACAUCUUCACCAUCUUGAAUACUCUGCAAGGACUCUUCAUCUUUGUCUUCCACUGUAUCAUGAAUGAUAAGGUUCAGAAGGAAUACAAGAAGUGUGUACGUCGUACAUCGUGGAUGCCGGAGUGCAUCCGUGUGGCCUACGGGGGCCAGCCUGUCGGAUACAACCCAGGAUCGUCUGGUAAUACACCAUCAAGGUCCAACUCAACUGCUGGCAAUUAUUUAACAAGAUUCCUAAGUGGGAGACGAAGGAAGAAGUCGUCCACGACGUCACUACCUAAAUCAAACACACCGGAGAAUGGCAAGUGUGAUGUUGUCAUCAAGAACCCCCAGGCUGAUGACUUCUCAAGCGUCUUCCACGAAACUGACGGCUCGGAGAAGUGUCAUCGUGUCCAUCCACAGGACAAUGCUGUCCGCAACGGUGACAUCCUGGGUGAUCUGUCCUUCAUAGACGCCUCCAUCGUCGACACGGAUUUUGUGUCUGAGUAUUGCCAGAACAACAUGAUGGUGGCCAAUGAUGGCAUCAACACUUAUAACAAGACCAAGAUUCCACUUAACGUCAAGAACCGUUUCUCUGGAUUUUCUGAUCCUGGGGAAAUAACGGAAUCGGAAUACAGUGAUACCGAACUGUUCAAAAUGACGGACUAUGAUUCAAAACCACGGAAUUUCAUUGAUCGCAAGCCGAGUACGAUAAAGGAGGAAUUGGAACAGGAUGGUUACGAGGUACCGAGUCACCUGAGGACGCCGUCGCAGCGGAAUCUGGUGGAAAAUCAGGCCCCUGCGGAGAAAAACAUUGUUGACAAAGUCCUGGGGCCCUUGGGCCUUCUACACAAGAAACACCCUCCAUCAUGCCAAAACCUGAGUAGCAUUACAGAGGACAGCAUCCUCGACGACUCUACGUUGUAUAAGAGUACACCAAACCUGCAAUAUAAUCCUCCCGCAGCACCCCCCAAGGAACCAGAGAAAAACAAACGAGACUCUUUCGGUCAGAGUAUGCCAAAUUUAGCAUACAUCAAUGAUGCUUAUGAGCAUGAUUCAAUGGUGCCGAGCGAUGCACAGAGACUCUUAGACAGGAACAGCAUGCUGCGGAGGUCUGAUUCAGAUCCUGGCCGCAAUCUCAACUGGCCAAAACGGGCAAGCAAUUGCAGUGACUGUUGAAUGUUGGACUCAAACCAUUGUGUUGUGUUGUUGUAAGUAUGCUAGAAUUGACUGGUUCAAUAUGAACUCUAGCUGAGGAAGAGGUUUGAUGCAUUUCUACUUGAUUGAGCUUUCCCCUGCAUGUGGUCUUGAUUCAUGUAUCAACUCAGUCAGGUGAUCUGAGGUAAGGCUGGAUAUGAAAAUUGUGGGGACAGGGAGGUUGUACUAUGUGACAAUGAUAUAGUGCCUGGCCUAGCCCUGCUGGCUUGGGGUUUUGAGGAGAUUUGGUUAGAAUUGAAAUACUAGUCUGUAUACUUGUCAGGAAGAACACUUUAUUGUGUCUUCUUUGCGACUGUCAUGAGACCAGGCAGUCCCAAGCUGCCAGCCCCGGGCUCUGAAGUCAGACUAUGCAAGGACUUCCCAGUUGAGCUCUGUGGUUGGUAGCUAUGGUUGUGCCAUAGACUGUUCUAUAGAGAAAUCAGAAAGUUGUCUCAGUUUGAUAAUUAUGUUUGUUUGUAUGUGUAUGUAAAUGAUAUAUCUGAUGCCAUAUUUUGUACUGACCAAUUUUGUUAUAAAGAUACCAUGUUGAAUAUUUUGUGAUGUAUGCCUCAAGUGAAUUUCUGUUGAACAUUGCUAUUAAAGUAACUGUGCUAAUAUAGAUUCUAGUAUGCUACUCAAAGAUUCAAAGCUUGACCAUAACAAAUUUAGUGCAGCAGGGCUUUAUAGUAGUUAUAAGCAAAAAGAAGCUGGCUUGUCAAUUGAUUUGAUUAUGUCAGGCCAGUUUAACAAUGUAUUAUCAUUAAGAAGUCCACACAAAAGUUUAUGUGUCAAAAAACUUUUCAUAUUCAAGUGUCAUUGAAAAGAUUUCUAGUCUGUUAUGUUACACUUCAGUUUUGUAUAUGCUUAGAUGGACUUCGGUUGAGCUCAAGUUGUACAUGUUGCAGAAGAGUGAUGGAUUUUCAGUGAGAUUCCAUUAUAUCACUUGUCAAGUGAGUGAUUAGUUCUUGUAAACAGCUUGAGGUGAGCUGUAGUAGACAUCGGCCAGUGUCGCUUUCUUGUGUUCACAAUACAAUUGUGUAGCUUUAGGGUUUCAUGAGAUAUUUAAAGAAAUUGUUUGUUUUGAUGAUUUUACCUUUUAGCUGUGUAUAUUUCAGUGUUAACAUUUCAUGAAAUUUGGGCUUAGCCUGAGUGAUAGGGACAUCCUGAUUGAGAUGAGGAUUACACUCUUCUGGCAAAGGUACGAUCCGCUCAGUGUCGGUUUGGUGCUUCUGAGGAUGUUACUCUCGUGUCCUCUGCCACGAUCUGUGCACUAGAAAACAGAUGCUCUGUUACAUUUGUAAGAUAUUUUUAUACAUUUUGAUGUUGUGUUUUUUGAUUUCGAAUAUGUGUUGGUAUCCGGUCAGCUUGUCCUCCAGGAGGAAGCUGGAAGACACUUGGCUUAUAUUUUUAACAUCCUGGUACCUGGGCAAUCAUGUCAUGAGAUAAAGACAAUGUUCGGCAUAUUGCCUGCGAUACUUUUUACACAGUUUGGGAAUUUUUGACAAUCUUUUUCGCUGAAGUGUACUUAAUGUUAAGUGUCCUCAUGAAAUUGAUGUCCAUUUUCUUAUUGCUUUUGUGUGAGCAGAUUAUAUCGCUACGUAAAGCUCAUUUUAACAAACAAUUUAGUCCUUGUACAUUUCCAGGGUCCAAUACAUCGACUUUGACAACAUGUUUGAGGAUGUCAACUUGUUUCUUUAGGUAUAAUCUUGUAUCUCAACUUUGUAAAGUUUUUGAUGGGAACAAGGGUCCAAGAUGCAGACAGAAUGCUAAAAUAAAUGAACAUGUAUAGUACGAGUCUGGCUUUUGGGAAUAGUCCCAGGUUUUCAAUGACAAAUGCUGUACGACUCCAACAGUUGGUUUGUGAAGACAGAAUGACCAUGUUAGUUGGCUGGCAUGGAAUCCUGCGACACAUCUGCUGAUUGUACCACAAGAGUCAAUACUACUCUUCAGAGCGCUAUAUUUGUAUGAUGAUGUUCACACGAUCUACAUUGUUUAUGUACAUUAUUCAAAUUCAUAUUCGUAUAAAAAUUUUGAAUAAAAUAUUUGUAUCAAA